UUAGAUAAUCAGAUUCAUUCAUCCACUUUGAGGAUUCAUUCAAAAGGAUCAUCUGAAUUAGAGUUACCAAUCUCUAUUUACGACUUUUAGGGAAUAGUUUCAAAGAACAAUAAGACAAAUGAUAUUAUAGGAAAGCCUACAAGUAGUUUUGGACUGGAGGAGAUGGUAUAAUAGUCACCAAUGUGUAACUCAUAUCAUAUGACGAUUUUUGCAAGGUUCUACAUUCAAGGUCUUCUUGGGCAGGCGUUGGCAUAAUUUCCUUGAGUUUUCUAAUGAGUUUUCCAGGCAUUUUGAGUAAUCAUUGGAAUGAUAAUCCAUGCCUGAAGUUAACGAAUUGCAACCAACAUAUUGGAUCCUCAGUGAAUCUAAACAUAAUCUGUUGGCAGGCAAGUAGGUCAUCUUUGUUUGCUUUAGUGCUCAAUUUAAUUAUUGCUGCUUCGUGUAUUAGUAGAGUCUACGACUCACACGAUAGCGAUGUCGUUCGCAACUCAAAAAUGAUUCUACCUCGGCACAGCUCUUUUCUUGAAGCUCUACCAAGGCAAUUCUGAAGAGCAGCCAGUGCUAUUCGGUGACCGUUACGCUCGGUUUCAACAGCAGCUCUUGUCUUACACUGAACUCAUCUCUCAGAUCGUGGUCGGCCUACAUUUCCAGAUCAGGUUCCCAGAAAAAAAACAAAUCUAUUGCAGUGUCUUCUAUAGCUCAUUCCGACCUACCUCACACGAUAUAUUGUCUUGCAGUCGAUGCCCAGCAAUCUGAGUUCUGUUGGAAUUUCCCCAAACUUAUACCGGAUGCGCUUAUUUCUUGCCCCAUACACGCGAUUGCACGUGCAUACCUACGACUGUUAAGAUAUCAUUCAACACCUGCCGCAUACCGCUACACGUAUCUGAGCUUCAUGUUCUCCCUUUUUUUAAAACACAGCACUAUCCAGCGCUUUUUACCUUUUACCUAAUUGCACAAAAACAAAACAAAAAAGUGGAAAAUGGAGCAAACACCUUAUCCAAAACAAAAAAGCAUCGUGCGCACCAGUAAAGAGUUCAUGGUUAAGGGCGUAGGGCAGAUAGCCUCCGCAAAACCUUGACCAGCUAUCAUCGUUCCAGCCGCGCUAGGGUACUCGAAUGCUGCUGAUUUCGACGAAAGUGUGCAUUUGGAUGCGUCCGAAAACGUGCCGUGGAUUUCUAUCGCCCGCGAUGGUGCGGCUAUCUCACAUCCGUAUAUCCCCCGUUGGGUGGGUUCGUGCGUACGCUUAUAAAGCGCGUGCGGUCACUGGUGGCCACGGCUAUAAGGGUGGCCGACUGGCGGGAAAGCUGCCGAGUGUGUUGUGACCCGUUCCCGGACCCCGAUCCAGACGUAACGAUGCGUUCUAUUGGAGUUACGCUCAGCGCUGCUGGGUGCAGUGCCAUGCUGCUGUUGCUGGCAGUAGGCGGUACGCACUGUGGAACUGCCAGUGUCAGCUAUGCUGAACCCAACAAGAACGUCUGUUCCCCAUACGAAGUGCUGAAGUCAUCCGAGCCAUGCUGUGAGCCUACUUGUGAUGACGACUGUCUGCAUGCGAUCUGUCGCCGUGCACCGGAUGCCGCGUCCGUACCUACGUGCGUAUGUCGGCAGGGAUACGUGCGCCACGAUGGGUCCUGCAUAAGGAAGGAAUCGUGCCCUCCCCGAACCCCCGUAACCUACGAUUCGUACCGUCCGCAGAAGAACCCAUACUAUCACCGCCCUACACCACGUCCUAACUCGGUGCCAAAAUCUUGCGGUGCGAACGAACGGCUCACCCACUGUCGGCCAGCCUGCGAACCGACCUGCGAGAAGGACUGUGCCGGGGUGAAACACCCCCAGGUGUGCCACCCGGAACCGUGCUGCGUGUGCAAGGAGGGCUACGUACGCCACAACGGUCGCUGCAUCAAACGGUGCGACUGUCCGAAGCGACCGCCCUUCCUCUCCGGACGCCCCCUCUCGGGCGAGUACAUUGAUUUUGAGGUCGUCUCGCUCGAGGGUCUGAAAUCGGACGAAGACUUUGGCUACAAACCGAAGGCCGAGUUCCGCAUGCAGAAACCAUCACCACCACGGCUGCCGGCGUACGAGCACAAAAAGUCACUCGGUAUGGCACCGCUGUACCUGCGUACGCUCGGUAGCGCAUCAAACUCGGCCCAAGCGUCAUCCUACGAGCGCGCUGCCCAUACGACCGAACGACCAGCCCUCUAUCCACCGCUGUGCGCUUGCCAUGCGACGAAGAAAAUGCACCCAGCCACUCAUAUGCCGCCGGCCAUGCAGGACACUCGCUCGUACGAGAGCACCGAGGAAGACUCGGACAUUGUGCCGUACGCACCGCUACCGACCGUCGGAUCGUACCGGCAGUCGCAGCCGGCCAAGAGCCUUUUCCCACCACCGAGCACAUCGUCCGCAACCGUUGGACCGUACUAUAUGCCAAGGAAAACGAUUCCAGCACCACCGCCACAGGUACACCGAAGCGAUCUGAACGAACCACUGGAUCAUUUCUGCGGCUCCGGACAGCAAAGCUCGGCCGCACAGGAAGAGCAGCCGAAGAAGCACCCCACCAUUUGGCCACCGGUUAGCAAGCACUGUACGCGCUGUGGCUUCCGGCGCCAUUAGACGGUGCAGGUGCAAUCCAAAUCACCCUCACCCUCGUUGUAAACUAUCUUACUGCACAAUAAAUUAUUAUGUUCGCUUCAUUUUCAAAAAUAACUGUCCGUUUGA